AUGUCUUCCCGCGCUCCUUUCGUUGUUCCCGCGCUCACCAAGCACACCGCCACGGUGAUUAUGGCCCAUGGCUUGGGUGACAGUGGUGCCGGAUGGAUGGCACUCGCCCAGAACUGGCGCCGCCGUGGCGUUUUCGACGAGGUCGCCUUCAUCUUCCCCAACGCGCCGAUGAUCCCCAUCACCGUGAAUUUCGGAAUGACGAUGCCCGGUUGGUACGACAUCACCAAGCUCGGCCGUGAUUUGGACUUCGAAGAAGCCAUCCGCAACCAGGACGAACCGGGCAUCCUCCGCUCGCGCGAGUACUUCAACAGUCUGAUCAAGGAGCAGAUGGACAAGGGGAUCAGCGCGUCGCGGAUCGUGCUGGGCGGGUUCUCGCAGGGGGGCGCGAUGUCGCUGUUCGCGGGGCUGACCAACAAAGAAAAGCUGGGCGGCGUGUUCGGACUGUCCUGCUACCUGCUCCUCAGCGACCGGAUCAAGAACUACAUCCCGGAGGGUUUCCCGAACCAGGGCACCCCGUUCUUCCUCGCGCACGGCCAGGAGGACGAGGUGGUGCGCUUCGACUUCGGCAAGCAGUCCAGCGAGAAGCUCAAGGCGCUCGACCUGGAGAAGGUCGAGUUCCACUCUUACCCGUACGUGCUGUAUUCCCCGUUUGAGGCUUCGCGUCGUUCUCGCCGUAGCGAUCUUCCGGCUCACACUCGCGGUUUUCCUAGUUAUUUGGGCCACUCCGCCGAUCCCGAGGAGAUUGAGGAUCUCGAGAAGUUCCUGCAUAGUGUUAUCCCCCCGGAGGGCGAGGGCCAGACCGAUGGUGCUGCUGCUGGCUUAUGA